AUGCAACGACGACAACAGAUGAGAGGGGAUCGAACAGCUAAGGGAAAAGAAGAGGUGACGGAAUUUGAGCCUGGGUGUGUUUUGGCAGAGAAAUACAUCGUAUUAGAUAUGCAUAACCUGCAGCUUGCUCCCUUUCGACAUGGGCCACGCAGUCUCGCCGUCAGAGAGAUCCGAAUCAGAACGACGAUCAUCCUGUGGACCGGGGGUGAAGUUCAGGAUCCUCAAAGUGGAGAGAGGGCGAACGAAGGCGGGCUUUGCGUCCAAAGGAUACCGGAGAGUGCUUUAAGGUUGAGGGUGACAGGAUGGUUGGGGCCCAGGGAUCUGACAAUGGAUGAAGCGGAUUGCAAACAAGUGAUGUGCAAGGUGGCGUCUGCCAUGCGGUACGGAGUCAGGACAUGA